AUGUACAAUUGCAACGGUUUCAACCGUUGCAAACUAAAAAACAACACCGUUUAUUACCGCCGCAAAGAAGAAGUGAGCCAACACAGUGUAAAAGGGAAGAAGAGGAAGAACAAGUACGUUGUUGAAAAGUACCACCGUCAAGAAAAAGAAGAUGAAAAACAAGUUCAACCGAAGAAACAAAAAAUAACAGAGGAAAACAACAAUAACGAACUUGUUGGUAUCCCAAUUGCUCCUCCAACUGAAAACAACAGCGAGAAACCAAGUGUUAUAUUUAUUCUCGAAAAAGCUUCUUUGGAAGUUGCUAAAGUCGGCAAGACUUACCAGCUUUUGAACUCGGAUGACCAUGCUGAUUUCCUCCACAACCAUAACAAGAAUCCUAAUGAUUACAGACCUGACAUUUGUCAUCAGGCACUUCUACAUAUUUUAGAUAGCCCACUGAAUCAAGCUGGGAGGUUGAAAAUGGUAUACAUAAGGACUGAAAAAGGCCUUCUCAUAGAGGUUAAACCCUAUGAACGUGCUCCGAGAACAUUCAAACGGUUCGCUGGUGUCAUGUUGGAGCUGCUUCAGAAAUCGAGUAUAUCUCCUGCUGGCAAGCAACUUCUCCGCACAAUAAAAUACCCCGUAACCCAAUAUUUGCCUAUCAACUCGCGGAUAGUAGGUUUAUCUUUUAGUUCAAAGAAGCUGGUAAAUAUGAAAGACUAUUUGUCAACAAUUCCAACCAAUCUGGACCUUGUCUUUGUGAUUGGAGCAAUGGAACAUGGGAAGAUUGAGACAGAUUACACAGAUGAUUAUAUAGCUGUUUCUAGGUACCCUUUAAGUGAUGCUGCUUCCUGUAUUGCAAGGAUUUGUAACUCCAUUGAGGGAAAGUGGAACAUAUUGUGAUUUAGCUUCUUCUGUUUAUGCUGGAUGGACAAUAUAUUCUUUUGAAGAGCAUAUUUACUUUAUGUAAUAUUUAGGGAUAUG